AUGGCAUUUCCUGUCGUGCCCAAACGAGCCCUUGGCAAGCAGCGGCCGACGUCGUCGCCACCGGCGCCCCCGCCAGCGCCGCCAGCCCCGCAAGGCCUGCAGGUCUCUGCCCUGGGGCUGGGCUGCAUGAGGCUGUCGUUUGCCUACGGUAGCCCCACAGAGGAGGGCGCGGCGCUGGCCGUCAUCCACCGGGCACUGGAGCUGGGGGUGACGCUGCUGGACACAAGUGACAUGUACGGCCCCUUCACAAACGAGGAGCUGGUGGGCCGCGCCAUCAAGGGUCGGCGGGAUCAGUACACGAUCGCCACAAAGUGCGGCAUCAUACUCGGGCAAGACGGCAGCCGCUCGCUCAACGGCAGCCGCGCCCACGUGCGCGCGGCGUGCGAGGCGUCCCUGAAGCGCCUGGGCAUCGAGACAAUCGAUCUUUACUACCUCCACAGGGUGGACCCAAAAACCCCAGUGGUCGAGACGUUUGCAGAGAUGAAGGCGCUGCAGGCGGAGGGCAAGGUACGCCACGUGGGCAUCAGCGAGGCGUCACCGGAUGACAUACGCGCGGCCCACGCGGUGACGCCCCUCAGCGCGGUGCAGCUGGAGUGGUCCCUCUGGACCCGAGACGUGGAGGAUGACAUCAUCCCGGUCUGCUGCAAGCUGGGCAUUGGAAUCGUUGUAUACUCGCCCCUUGGCGCCGGCUUCCUUACGGGCGCCAUGCCGCCGCCCGAGCACCUGUCCGAGGACGACUUCCGCCGCAACUCGCCGCGCUUCCAGGCGUACGAGAAGGCGAGCGGGCACCCCCUUGAUACACAGCAUGCGCUGCUGCUCACCGCCGCGGCCGCUGGCUGCGCCCGGUUGCCAUCGCCCAUCGCCUCUGCUACUGCCUGCUCCCUGCAUUGUGUUGUCUACGAGGCCAGGAAUAUUGCCCUGGUGGAGAAAAUCAAGGGUGUGGCGGCCGCCAAGGGCUGCACCCCCGCGCAGCUGGCGCUGGCCUGGGUCGUCUCCCGCGGCAGCGACGUCGUCCCCAUCCCCGGCACCACAAAGGUGGCGCGCCUGGAGGAGAAUGUGGGCGCACUGGGCGUGGAGCUCACCGCUGCUGACCUGGCGGCACUGGAUGGCCUGGGGGCGGAGGUGGUGGGGGACCGCUACCCCAACAUGAAGGGCAUGACAUACCACUAUGGUCGCAAGUGA